AUGCUACCCACUGGUUCGAAAGAUAAUCAACUCCGCGAGAGCAACAGCCAGAAGGUUCACCCUCAACCAAUGGAAGAUUCUGUGCAUCAAAAUCCAGAAGCCCUUGAAACCUUGAUAUCUAAAAUCUUUCAAAACAUAUCUUCUCUCAAGUCAGCUUACAUCCAACUCCAAGCUGCUCAUACUCCGUAUGACCCUGAUAAGAUCCAAGCUGCUGAUAAACUUGUUAUUUCUGAGCUGAAGAACCUGUCUGAACUGAAGCAUUACUACAGAGAAAACAAUCCCAGGCCGCUGAGUGUCUCCCCUCAGGACUCCCGCUUAGCGGCUGAAAUUCAAGAACAACAGUCUCUCUUGAAAACCUAUGAGGUAAUGGUAAAGAAAUUCCAAUCGGAAAUCCACAACAAGGAUUCUGAGCUUCAUCAGUUGCAGCAGCAGAUAGAGGAGGCAAAUCAGAAGAGAUCGAAAUUGGAGAAAAACCUCAAGCUCAGAGGCUUAUCAUCAUCGACUACCAAAGGUUCUGAAGAAGAAAACGGGUUCUUCCACGUGGAUCUAACCCCAGAACUAUUCACAUCUGCAGUAGAAGCUGCUUAUAAAGCCAUUCAUGAUUUCUCCAAGCCGCUGAUCAACAUGAUGAAAGCAGCAGGGUGGGAUCUCGAUGCUGCAGCUGGGUCCAUCGAGCCGAGUGUCGUCUAUGCAAGGAGAGCGCACAAGAAGUAUGCAUUUGAAUCUCAUAUAUGCCAGAAGAUGUUCAGUGGUUUCCAGCAGGAGAACUUUGCUAUUAAUGUCAACGAUAUAACGGUCUCGAAGGAGAGUUUCUUCCACCAGUUUCUCGCACUGAGGGAGAUGGAUCCAUUGGAUGUGGUGGGUCAGAAUCCAGACUCCUUAUUUGGGAGAUUUUGCAGGAGCAAGUAUUUGGCGGUGGUUCAUCCAAAGAUGGAGGCUUCUUUCUUCGGGAACCUGGAUCAGAGAAACUACGUGAUGGGUGGAGGACAUCCAAGGACCGCCUUUUACCAAGUGUUUCUAAAAUUAGCCAAGUCGAUCUGGCUUCUGCACAGGCUGGCUUACUCCUUUGAUGCCAACGUGAAGGUCUUUCAAGUCAAGCGAGGGAGCGAGUUCACUGAGGUCUACAUGGAAAGCGUUGUGAAGAAUCUGAUACUAGACGAGGGCAGCCAGAAGCCCAAAGUUGGUCUCAUGGUGAUGCCUGGUUUCUGGGUUGGAGGGACUGUGAUUCAGAGCCGUGUUUAUCUUACAGGCAUGAAGGUUGCUGAAUGA